CCAACUUACAUCAUCUUAUUUUUACCUUACAAAAAACACCAUAAGUGUGAACACAACUCAUACAUAGCUGCUAUAAAUAAAUAAUCAUAUAAUAUAUGAAAUGAUCCUCUAGCUAAGUACUACUAGCCAUUAUCAUAGUGUUAAAUACUAAGAUCAUAAGACAAAGGUUGAGAGUGAAGGAAAACAUUGAGAGAAGAGAUCUAUGAAGGUGUUUCCUAGGUUCAAGUUUUUGUCAAGAGCAGUGGUUCAUGAAGAAGAUGAGACAAAGAAGUAUCCUAUUGUGACAGAAGGAAAUUUGUGUACAUCUUUACUAACGGUUUGGAAAAAAUCUCUUGUAAUUAGUUGUAAAGGAUUUACGGUCAUUGAUUCAUAUGGUAACCUUGUGUACCGUGUUGAUAAUUACUCCUUGCACCCCCAUGAAGUUGUUCUUAUGGAUGCUUCAGGAAACUCUCUCCUCACCAUGCGCCGCCAUAGGAAGCUUGGGUUAGUAGACAAUUGGUGUGUGUAUGAAGGGGAAAUUGGGAACCAAGGUACAAAGAGGACAUCUAAGUUGGUUAGGACAAAACAGAGUCCUCUUUGUUGUGUAAAGAAGAUUGUGAAUAUUUUAAAUGGCAAUCACAAUGUUCAGGCAUGUGUGUACCGUGCCGCUUCUGACUCGGAUAAACGACACGCGGCGUUUACAGUUGAAGGUUCUUAUGCUCAAAGAACCUGUAAAGUGUUGGAUCAGUACAAGAAAGUGGUAGCUGAAAUAAAGAGAAAGGAAACCAAUACCAAAGAUGUGUCUUUUGGGGUUGAAGUUUUUCAGUUAAUUGUUUAUCCUGGUUUUGAUCCUGGUUUUGCUAUGGCACUUGUUUUAGUGCUAGAUCAAAUGUUUACAUAACACAAUUCAUAGAGUAAUAAUAAUACAUUUCGAAUUUCUAUUUCUAUAUAUCUGUAUGACAUUGAAAAACAUCUUAAAUCAAUACAGAUAAGAGAAAGAAAUGAACAAUUGCAGUAGAUUACUGUUUUU